AUGGCCUCUAAUUUCUACGCACGCUCCAGGAGGGAGAGCCCGAAGUCUUCGAUGCUGCCACGAAAGAAUGGGUCUUGGGAAGCCAUGCUCAGCCCUGUCGCCAAUGCGCGCAGCUACGAUGCAGAGGCCGUUUCGCUCCCACCUGAAUCGAGCCCAGUGCAGAACGUGGCGUUAAGUGCCAAGGCACCUCCAGGAGACAGGCCAUACGGGGGAACACCAUCCACUCGUCGGCGUGUGCUGGGAGAUCUAUCCAAUCGGAACUGGGCGGGAGGCAGUGGUGAGAAACCCUUUCUGGAGUCGCGCACUCCACGCGCGCGUACGGGACGAAGACGGCCUUUCGAAGUCUUUCUGGGAGGUGAGAAUGCAUCUGAUCCAACUAGUGUGGGCAAAGCUCGCGGGCUCCGCGAGAACCCAGCGCCACCGAUGCCGCAGAAAGAGGACAGCAAGAGCUUUGAGAAGGAUCUUCCGCAUGUGGAGACCUUCGACUGCUCGUGCGAGGAGGGGAACUUUUGGCAGCCAAUAUGGGAGGGUGGGCCUGGUGACCCAAGCCUACUUGCAUCCGGGCUUGGGAAGGCAAUGGAGCUUGCGGACUUGGAGGCGCAGUGGCUGGAUCAUUGCGCUGAAUUUCCUCCUUUUGAGUCAGAGGAGUGGUCUGGCAAAUUGACGCCUGAGAGGAGGAUCAAGGACGAUUCCUUUUGCAUGCCUUCACCCCCGUCAAUAUCCCCAUUCCGGAUGGAGAUUGACCUGGAUAUGGCAUGGGGCAAGGUGCUAGGACUUGGAAGUGCUGCGGACAAGGCACCUCUUUUCCUGGGGUCUCCCCUGAGGUCUCUUCCGACAGUGGAAGAGGACCGCCGGCCAGACCAGAUCACUCUGGACGAUCGUUGGGGAGUUUGGGAGGCCAAGAGCUGCGAUGCUUCAGUGCACGCUGUUCGACUACACUUGGCUGGGGAGGAGGUUCAGGGCAGCUUCUCAACACGAGAGGAAGCCUUGGCCUUCCAGCUUGAGCAGCUGCAGGAGAAGUUGUCCUGGCCGCGCCAAGCUGUCAACCUGAAGCCGCAGAGAUCGCCAAUGUGGGAUCAUCCCGAGGAGCUGGAGCUGCAGAAGCAGUACACAUUCCGGGAUGUGGCUCUUGCAAGACAGAGAUCAGGCGUAGACGACACCGAAGGUCAGGCGCUAACAACUGCACAGUUGGAGGCCUACCGGGAUCGUGGCUUCUUGUUGGGCUUGCCGAUCCUUGAUGGAGACGACCUGGCAAGCGCGCAAGAGCAGUUUGAUGAGAUGGUGGCUGAGCGAACUGACCGGGCUCCAGAUGCUGAGUCCCGAUUUCGAGCAGCGCAUACUCUUGGCCGUCCUCUACACCAGGCUUUGGUGCAGAGGAUGGCGAAUGAUCCCAAGGUUCUGGCAAUCGUCCAGGACAUUCUUGGGCCUCAAUUCUGCUGCUGGAGUGCUCACCUCUUCUGCAAGUUACCGGGCGAUCCCACUUCUCAGCCAUGGCAUCAGGAUGCCGGCUUUUGGCCCUUAUCUGAGUCACGGGCCAUUACCUUGUGGCUCGCUUUUGAUGAUGUGGAUGAGUCCAAUGCGGCUGUGCAUUUCAUCGAGGGAAGUCAUCGAUAUGGGCGCUUGCCAUGGAAAGAGACAAGCGCCUCCCAUCACCUACUGACACAGGAGAUUCCAGACGUAGAUCUCAUGGGAGUUGCAGUCCCACAGAGGCUGCGAGCUGGGGAAGCGUCGCUACACAGCGACUUAACGGUUCAUGGCAGCCUGGGCAACGACAGUGAACGACGGAGAGCAGGGUUGGCUCUACGUUUUGUUGGCUGCGAUGCCACCUGCCUGGGUGCCAUGCUGAACGGCUACAAGAUGAACAGCGCGUGCAUCCUGCCUAGAGGCAAGCACUCAGAUCCGCGGGGCCAUUGGAAGUCCUUGAAGAAAAGGUCAGGCAACGAGCGUCGCAGGCGUCCACUUCAGUCAGUUGAUCCAUGCUCGCCGCACGGCCCUCGCUGCAGAAUCAUCUGCUGA